AUGGCAGGUCCUCCACCUCGUCGGCCGGAUCCCGAUGCCAUUGCGUCGCCGGUGAUUGUGACCGUGGCCGACCUGUUUGGGCGCCUGGAAGAACUGCACCAGGAGCAUUUUCAACGAUCGAAGCAGCUCUUGCAAGAGAUCAAAGCCCACCGCGAGACCGAAGCGAAGGCAGCUUCUUUGAAGAGCUCGGACUACACGGGGCGGAUUGACGCGGAGCAACAUUGCUUGGAGGAGGAGCUUCAAAGCCACCUGUCCUGGGGCCGUGAUGUCUUGAGCGGUAUCCGUGCUCCCCUGUCCGCGCAAUCAGGAGCGAUGGAGACAGCUCCGGUGGCCAACGAGGUGGAGGCGGUGACGAUCCGCAUGAGUGAAGCGCGGCAAAGCCCGACGAACAUGUCCAGUAUGGAAGACAGUGCAGAGGUCGCGCCGAUGCCCAAGGGCGGUUCCACGCCGAGACCACGGCGGCAAUCCACGGUGGCACCCAAAGGGCUGGCAGCCUUGAUGAAGCGACCGGUGGUCCGGUGGACGCUUUACGUUUGCUUGGCGAUCGCUUUGUUUGGACCUGGGAUGGUCACUUUGUUGGACCUUCCAGAUGAACCCACAGUGAUAAUUAUGGACAUCUUAAUGUUCAUCAUUGCUGUGGCCUUCACCCUUGAGAUGCUCGGGCUAUUGAUGGUCGAUGAGCUCUACCGCUAUUCCUUUUUCUUCGCGAUGGAUUUAUUGGGAACUCUGUCCAUGGCCUUUGAGAUUUCAUUCUUGCUGGGCCAGCUGGUGAAUUCCAAUACUGUGGUGCUGCGUACCGCCCGCACAGCCAAGCUGGGGGCGCGCAUUGGGCGGUUGAUUAAGCUGGUGAAAUGCGUGAGUAUGUUCUACAGAUCGUCUGGCAAGAAGAGUAGCCAAGUGGAAGCCAAAGUGCUUGCAAGCAAGCUGGUCGUUCUUCUUUCCACACGUGUUUCGGUCAUCGUGAUCCUGAUGGUCAUGGUGGUGCCUUUGUCAACCCUUCCGCUGCAUCCAACUGAAGACCUGUCCCUCAGCCUUUGGCCGAAUAAGCUGGAAGAGAGCUAUUUUCAAGAUCAGACCAACCAGACCACCAAUGCCUUGGAGCAGUCCAUCGAUCAGAUGGUCCAGUUCUACCAGCGUAUCAACUAUCACCCUUACUUGGUUCGUGGAUUUGGCGCUUCUCAGAGCCUGGCAAACUCGCCACUGCGAGCCAGAAAUACCCUAGAAGUGACUUUGGAGAACUGCCUGGUUCAAAGGGUUUGCAAUGCAGCGGUGCUGUUUGACUUCACCAGUCCAGCACAACUGGACGCGCUAGUCGAAGUUGUGACCAUCGCCUUCAUCAUUGGCUUGAUGGCUUUGACCAGCUGUGAUUUGCAACAAGUUGUUGAUGCAAAUCUGGUGAAGCCUUUGGAGGGGAUGCUCCAACACGUGCGGGAGAACGCCGCCCAUAUUUUCGAACGCUUUUCGAAGCAGACCCAGGCGGCGGACCUGGAUUCAGAGGAGAACGAGGACACUGGCGCCUCCGAGAUCGAGCUCAUCCAGCUGAUUUUGAAGAAGUUGGCGCGCCUGGCAACCUUGGCGGAAGUCUCUACGCACGCAGUGACUCAAAAUGAGUUAGAGAACAUGAACGCAGAGAGAAAAGCGGUUUUGCUCGACAUGCUGAACGUGCAGGUCCUUCCAGCACCAAUGUUGGGCUUUCCGUCUGCCAAACGACCCACGCAACUGGACUUCGAGGUCAGCUGGACUCAAAGUUGGGAUUUGAACUUUCUGGACACUUCGCCCGAGGAGAUGCACAAGUACGUCCAUUACAUGUUCUUUAGCUCCCAAUUCGGAGUCGCUUAUCACUACGUCACAGAGGAGAUCUUUUCCCAGUUUGUUCACAAUGUGGAAGGGAACUACAAGGACGUUCCUUACCACCGCUUUCACCAUGGAGUGGAUGUUUUGUUCACGGUCUUCCGCUUGCUUCAGCUCAGCCAUGCUGGGAAAUGGACGGGUGAGAUCGAGCAAUAUGCCCUGCUGGUGGCCUCGCUCUGCCACGAUUUGGGCCACUUUGGGAAAACCAACCAGUUCCUGGUGGAGAUCAAGCACGAACUGGCUCUUCGCUACAACGACAAGUCGCCCCUGGAGAACAUGCACUGCGCCAUGCUCUUCCAACUCUGUCAGCAUGCGGGCCAGGACGUGUUUGCCGAUGCCACCGAGGAGCAGCAGAAGGAAGCCCGCAAGAUCGCCAUUUCCGUCAUUCUGCACACUGACAACGUCCACCACUUUGACAUGGUGAAGGAUGUUAGUGCUGUUUAUGAGAUGGACAGUGAGAUUUGCGACGCACAAGCUGCAGCUCCAGAGGUCAUCACGCAGGCUUACAGGGAAAAGGUGCUGCUGGGAAAAAACAAGAUGAUGUGGCUGCAGCUCUUCUUGCACUUUGCCGACGUUUCGAAUCCUUUGAAGCCCUUCGAGAUUUGCAAAGCUUGGGCCUGGCGAGUCUUGGAUGAGUUCUUCGCUCAAGGUGAUGAGGAGAAGUCACUUGGAAUCCCAGUUGGGAUGUUGAAUGAUCGUGAGAAGGUCAAUCGUCCAGGAUCGCAGCAUGGCUUCAUCAACUUCUUGGUCGCUCCGUUCGUCGCCGCCAGCGUGAGAGUCUUCCCCGGCUUGCAGCCGAUGCAUGCACAGAUGGUUAGCAACUUGGAGGAGUGGCGGAACAUUUGGAUUGAGGAUGCCAAGCCUACUGCAGAGGACAUUGCCAAGAAGGAUGCAGAUGUGGCAAAACUUUGGGCGCUUGACGCCGAGCUCCUCGCACGCAGGGACCACAUCGCUUGA